AGUCAGGCCCAAAAUAAUAAAAUAAAAAAGCGAGAAUAGCAGAGAGAGGGAGAGAGAGAGAGAGAGACUGAGCGAGAGAGAGAUAGCGUGUAAAUGGUGAACUACAGACUAAUGAUCACAGCUGAGCUGGAGAAUCUGACCAAACUGCAGCCUGAUGGAGGCUGCGACAAUCCCACUUUCAGCUACUACUUUAAGAUGAAAUGCGGGAACUGUGGAGAGCUGACAAAGAAAGAGACUUAUGUUAGUUUGAAUGAAGUUGUGCCUAUGGGGAAGGGUACCGCUCAUCUUGUUCAGAAGUGUAAAUUUUGUGGGAGGGAUGGAAAUGUGACUAUGAUCAGUGGCAAAGGCAGUGCACUGACUCAAGAACUAAGUGAAUCAGGUAAAUAUGCUCCUAUGAUGCAGUUUGAUUGUAGGGGCUAUGAGCCUGUGGAGUUCGUGUUCGGCACUGGUUGGGAGGCUGAAUCUAUUGCAGGGACCAAAUUCAAGGACAUUGACUUGUCUGAAGGAGAAUUUUCUGAAUAUGAUGAGAAGGGUGAAUGCCCAGUUAUGAUAUCCAACCUCCGUGCUACUUUUGAUGUGGUGAAGUAGAUAAUGUCAUUUGCGUAUUUUAGGUCCCGCAGAUGAGGGAUAAAAGUGGAUAUUAAACAAUACGACAAGAUGCGGGUGGUGUGUGUUGCCUUGCUCUAGGUUCAAGAUUUCCAUGAAUUCCAAUAACCUUGUAUAUGUUGUUCAUUUCAGAGUGUUGAUAAGAACUAUUAUGCAAUCUAAUGCUUUCAAUUUCAGAUGCA